CCCCUUGCCCUUUCACACGCCACAUUUCCUUGACUUCCUCCUCCCCCACGUCCAUCCGUCACCACAGCAGCAGCGUCUUGUGGCGUUUAUCCAGCAGCGGCGGUGGAGGCCGAGCCCUGCAACGCUUGGUUAGCGCGAGUUAGUGGCUUAGUCGGUCGGUUACUGCGGUUGAUGGUACGACUACAAAGCAGCCAGACAUGAUGGGAUCACACAUAAGGCAACUCUCAUAACAUCCACUUUGACCUGUUGUCAUCAAACGUGUUUCCCAGACACACAUUGGCAGCAUUGGGCGGCUGUCGUCAGUCACAUGACUUUGAAGCUCUGCUUUGCGCUCUUUGAAAUAACAGUUGCUGGACUGAGGCUCCUGUCCAAAGCGGGACCGGGUGAUGCUGCUGUAAAUUGCUGUGAGCGGCUGCCACUCAAAGUCGCGGCGUACGGCGAUGGACUCUCCCCCAUCUCACGGUUUAUCCAUCGAGGCGAGCCAAGCGCUGUCCUCCAUGACCAUCAACUCUCAGCCGCUUCCUUCCGAGUCCAACGCCUCGGAGUACUAUGCCAACAUGUGGAGUUACCCCAACAACUACUUCCCAGCAGUGCAAGGCGGGCCAUUCUGCUACCAGAAUGAGGGAGCACAGAUUGUCCCGAUUGCCAUGUCGACGACACCAGCAGGUGACAUGACGGCCCCUCAGCUCCAAUACACCAGCUCCUUUUUCCCAAAGGGUGUGGUACAGGGACACCCCCCCCGUAAACAGUCAGAACGCAGCUUGAAGAAAAACCGGGAAGCUGCACGGGAAUACAGGAAAAGGAGAAAGGUCUACGUUCGAGACCUUGAGAAACGAGCGGAACAGCUUGAAAAUGAAAACUUGGCCCUCAAGGAGGAACUUAAAAGCUGGAAAAUAUGCCCAGAGAAAGUCAAGUAGUUUGUGGGGAAGCCCUCAGGAUAUGAAUUCACGUCUUUCUGUGGAUCACGAUGUCUUACUUUGCUGGAACGGAAAAAUUGUGAAGAAAAAGGCGAAAUGCGGCUCAAGCGGGAAUUGUCAGCCCCUAACCGACUUCCAAAACUCUCAGAUAAGACAAUGACAAUGUAGACCUUCAGGAUGGGGUCUACACGUCGAACGGCAGAGAAGGAGCCACGGCUGAAAGGAAGGAAUCUUCAUCCUGGAACUUGAAUGAGACCACCAAAGCAGCGGCCAACCGCCGAUGGCCAACCGCCGAUGGCCAACCGCCGAUGGCCAACCGCCGAUGGCCAACCGCCGAUGGCCAACCGCCGAUGGCCAACCGCCGAUGGCCAACCGCCGAUGGCCAACCGCCGCUUUUCCACACAUGACAUUGGAGCGUCGCUUUGGAGGUCAAUCAUGCAAUUGGUCUUUCUUCACACUGGAACUUGACAAAGUAUUGCAGCAUAGCAUUUACGUCAUCAGAUGGUCAUAUUCAAACCCCAGGAACGCCUUCAUAUUCAUAUUCAUAUUCAUAUUCCCAUUCCCAUUCCCAUUGGAUCCAAUUCUAGUUGAAUUUGUCUUGGAGAGGAAUAAAGUAUCAUUUACCAGGAUUACUACGAAUAAAACAUUCUUGAUCCCACUUGACC